AUGGUCUUUACUCGCCUAGUUACUGCGUCUUUGGCUGCAACGUUGGCUGCAAGCUACCUGGUCGCUCCUCCGGAGACUGCUUUCCCGGGAACAGUCUCACAAUGUAGCGGCUGGGUCGAGGGUCAAACAGGACUUUCCUGCACGGUAGUUGAAGAAGCGUUGGGGGUUACUACCAUUGAUUUUGAAACCUGGGUAAAAGAAACCAUAUCCUCUUCUUUUGUUGACAUCUAUGAAAAAUCCUAUUCCACACGCGAGUUGAGAAUGUUAUCUGACAUAAUGGCUAGAAUCCUAUGGUCAACCUGCGAGCUUCUCAGCGGAUACGACUACUGCAUCCAAAUUGACUUCGGCAGCACAUCAACAGUAGCAACAUCUACCACAUCAUCAAGUAGCCCUACCUCAACCACACUUGUCACCACUACUUCCAGUACUGGUGAUGGCAUCAGCACCCCGCUACCCAUCCAAACGGGCAUGGUCUCCACCUGUGAUAAGUUCUAUCUUGUGGUCAGUGGCGAUACCUGUCAGGCUAUUGCUAAUGCCGCUCCUGCUACUCAACCGCUACUUCCACAAUUACUUACAGUACCACUUCCUACACAUAUCUUUCAGUUGGUUGUGAUCGGUGACAUUCCAGUCUGGUAUCAGAGGCCUACAUCAGGUCAGAGUAGCUUCGUGCACACGCCUUCAAUCACACCUCCCUCGUUCCCAAUCGUGGUCACUCCCACGGUUGGUGGUAACACAACAGUUAUAGGAGGAUCUACUACUACAAUUUCCAGUGUGAGCUAUGCCUCUGGAAAUUAUACAUAUUUCCAACCGCCAUGGGUGGCUGUUUUUGGCGGCAUCACGUCAGUCGUAAAUGGCGCCACCUUGGCUCCAACGACCACCACUGUUACUCCUUACCCUCAUCCUACAACCACAGAUAACUCUACUGAUACUCAAAUGAACUCAAAGUCGACGAUAUAUUCGUCUACUUCGACCAGCGGUGGACCCAAGACUUCUGCGGACUCGUCAGACUCCAAAUGGAAGUGUCAUCUUUACUGCCAUUAUGGCUGUCCUCUUUGUCCACCUGGUAGCGGCGGUGAUGGUGGUAGAGGCGGUGGUAGUGAUGGUUCAGGAGAUGAUAGUAACACCCAAACCGAAUCCAGUACUUCCAGCAGUACCUCUGACGAGUCCGCUGCAUUUACCGUCUUCGCUAUGGGCACGACCUACUUUGCAGAUCCUCUCCCAACCACGGAGGCCCUGGAUGCGCAGGAAGCAAUCGCUUCUGCCGAGGCCGAUCUCAUGCAGUCCCUGUAUGGAGCUGAGAUCAGUUUCGCAGAAACCGCCACGAACACGAUGGUCACGCCCACGCCCGCCGCGACCACAACCUCGCCAACGGGCUUUGCGUAUACAUACACAGAAAGCAACGGAGACAUUGUAGCUUGCCCGACCGAGAUCCUCGUCGACUUAAAUGGAAAUACUUAUGCCUCCACGGUCUGUGUAAGCCCAACUACAAUCGGAACAGCAGCUCCCACUUAUAUCUUUACUUCUACCCAGUCCGGCGGAGCUACUCUCGGUUAUGUGAGCGAUUUGGUCCUCUUAGAGGCCAGCCAAUCUCCAUCGACUAUCUGUGUAGCCCUGGGUCACUGUCAGCGGCGGUCCGGUGCCGAUCACGACUCCAUCAAAGACAACAUCACUCCCUCCAACAUCUACAGCGGCCGCGACUCCAUGCGUGACUGUGUCUGGGUCAGUUUCAGAUGGACUAACGACACAAUUUUAUAUCAAGGUGCAUGA